AUGGUCUCUCGUAAAAUAUUUCCUCGAUGGUCAGAGUAUAUGUACAAAGUGCCCGUGCAAAAUUUGGAUUUUAUCAGCUUGCGAUUGCUCGUGCAAUCCACGACAAAAAAGAGGGGAAAAAAGGAAGUCAGGCAAUCGAGAGAAGAAAACUUCCUGGCCUUGAAACAGAACGUACGAAAAGAUUGUCGAGUGUACAAAGUUCCACAAAAACUGUUACUUUCUCCACUUGGAUCUCACUUCUUUUCUUUUUUCAAUCACCAUCCCAUUUUUUUUAGCUUUAUUUCGUCUCAUUGUGUACUCAUCACUUUCGAGAUUGUUCUUCUUCAGUCACUUCCGUUCGUAGAUUGCCGAGGUUUCGACUCGACCAAUGAACCAAUGAAUCGACACAUUGUUCAUUCAAUCGAGGCAAAAGUUUCAGUUGAGAAAUCGCUAAACAUCGAGACGUUUACACGACUAAAAGUUUUUCGCGCCGAUUCGAUCGUCCGUUUGAAAUACGCGGGGCGUUUUACUUUACCGGAUAUUCUAGGACUCGCGACGUUUUGGAAAUUGAGUGGUCGUCGAACGCUUAGGACAGUUGUGCCCUGCCUUGUGAGAUUGAAAUUUGGAAAUCGUUGGAAAUCGAACAAUUGUUUUUGCAACACUCGGAGAUCUGAUGUGCAUUUUUGAUAUUUUUUUUUCUUUCUAUACCUAUAACAUUUAUCAUUGGAAAUUUUUUAAUUCCAUCCAAUAUUAGGAUCUCCAGAUAUAGCUUUUCCUCGAAUGAAUAA